CGGUCCGCCUACUUCGAUCUCACAUAUAAAACGCGCAUCCCACCAUUCCUUCUUCUGCCGUUUUAUUUCAUUCUUGGCUGUUGCCGUUCCUUUAACCCAAACCCCUCAACUACUGCAGCGACCGAGAGAUCCACGGCCGCUCAUCAUCCCUCGCUCCCUGGUUGCCCUUCGGCUUCCCUCCUUCGCUCCGCCCUGUUUCUCUGCUUUCGCUGCAUUCGCUUGCAGCCCCACUCCUCCUUAUCGCCGUUCCAAGUAUUUCACUCUGUCCACACGGCGCUAGGGUCUCUUUUACUGGUCAUUUCGUCUUCGAGGAGCUCGUCUACCUGGUUUACCAGGCACGCCUCCCGUUUCCAUUGACACCGUUUCUCUCCCUCUCUAGAGAAAGACUUGACUGUCUCCCCGAAUCCGAAUCCAACCUCCUCGCUCUCCACGGCCCUGCUCAAGUCCAACAGGCGGCCGAAUAUCUCGCUUAUGCCUUGCUCGCGAGCUCGAGUAGCCCUCGCGGCCUCCGGCAUUGGGGCCGUUGAUCCCGUUCGGCCACGCCGACUCCAGCGCCUUAGUCCACCGUUAUCCUCAAUCCGAGUCAUGGAAGUCGGUCACAAGGUCCACGGUACAUGAAGAUCUUGGAUCCCUGUAUUAUUUUUUCGUCCCUUUUGCUGCCUACGUGGCAUUGCCGGACUCGUGGGCUGAGCCGGUCUGGAUGAGGUGGGGGAGGGGGAGGAAAAGCAAGGCGAGGCAAGCAAUGGCGAUCGCGUUUAUGCACAAGGAGGGCCACGAUAGGGCGAGAAGGCGAGACGGCGAGAGGCAC